UUUUGAGCUGCACCGCAUUCGUCGUUCAUUGUAAUCUCCUUAUAACAAGAUGGCCAUGUCGACGAUGCGCGUUGGUGCUGCCCCUCGUGUGGCCGUCGCCCGCAGCCAGUCUGUGAAGGUCGUCGCUCGCGGUAGCUGGCGCGAGUCUGCCACCGUCACUGCUCAGCCUGCUGGCCGUGCCUCAUCUUCCAACCGUGUCAGCCCGACUCGCUCCGUGCUGCCUGCUAACUGGCGCCAGGAGCUCGAGAGCCUGCGCAACGGCAACGGCAACGGCGCUGCUGCUGCCCCGGCUCCGGCCCCGGCUCCGGCGCGCUCCUCUUCCGCCAGCUGGCGCUCUGAGUCCUCCGCUGCCCCCGCCGCCGCCUCCACCCCAUCUCGUAGCACCAAGAAGCCAGUGACCCCGACCCGCACCAGCCUGCCGGCCAACUGGAAGCAGGAGCUCGAGAGCCUGCGCGGCUCCUCCUCUUCCUCGCCGGCUGCCGCCGCCCCCGCCCCCGCCCGCUCGAGCUCAAGCCCCAAGAAGGCCGUUACUCCCACUCGUUCCUCCCUGCCGGCCAACUGGAAGCAGGAGCUUGAGAGCCUGCGCGGCGGCUCUUCUUCGGCUGCCUCAGCGCCUGCCGCCGCCGCCGCGCCUGCCGCUGCCUCGGCCCCAUCUCGUAGCCCCAAGAAGGCCGUGACCCCGACUCGCUCUUCUCUGCCCGCUAACUGGAAGCAGGAGCUCGAGAGCCUGCGCGGUGGCAGCAGCAGCAGCAGCUCUGCCCCAGCCCCGGCUGCCGCCCCAGCCCCGGCUCGCUCCUCCUCCGCCAGCUGGCGCACCGAGUCCCCUGCCCCCGCCAACGAGAGCUCCUCCGCCGCCGCCAAGGCCGGCACCAACCCCUGGACCGGCAAGGCCAAGAUUGAGAUCAAGCGCACCACUCUGCCGGCUGACUGGCGCCGCCAGCUCUAAGGAGCUCGGGCCGCACGAGAGCGCGAGUCCUUGGAACACCUGCUCGAUGGCGCGAUGACCCAGAUCGCCUGGCGUGAUGUUUUGAAGUUCGGAGGUGUGGUAGUGCGCGAGGUUUGUGGCGGAGGGUGAUGGCAGGACAUCCCUUCUGACACGCGCGUGUGAGCCUGGAUGCUGGGCGGUAAGGAGAGAGGGACGAGGAGUUUACGGGAAGCCCGGAUUGAGUCGUCUGAAGUUUACCCAGGCGCUAAGGCUUGACCCUUUUUUGUUGGGGUCCGCUGAGUGUUUUGUCGGGUAAAUGGCGAUGCGUCUGAACUUCUGCCCAUGUGACUAUAGUGGUCGAGAGAGGGGCUGGGCUGGGGUUUUUGCACAUCUCUGCCGGCGCACGCCUCUUAGUUCGGUGUUUUGUUUUUGGUUAUACCGAGCUUUUGAUCCACUGUGACAUUGGCUGGCAGGGAUUCGGGAAGCGGGUGAUGAGUUGGAAAAUCGGGCACGGUGUGCAUGACGAGAAGAGCGAUUUGAGUUCGAUGUUUUGGCCCUGCUCGCAGCUCCGGUUCCGGAUUUUGCUGAGCUCGAGCGCAGUUUUUGUUAGUGGCAGGUGCUUGUUUGUUCCCUUCAGCGACAGGAGCGGGGCAUGGCGGCAUUGCUUCCAGAGCGCUGAAGAAUUAGGUAACAGUUUUGUAUUGUGGUUAUUCGGGGAGCCGACCACCGACGCGAAAUGGACACCUUGUUUUUGAUACAGCUGAUUCGCGCUUCAUAAAUGGUGUCUGGACAAUGUCUACGGCUGUUUCUUUUUUUGGUAGAUAUGGUUCUGUGGGUUUUCGGUUGGCAGCCAAGAUUUGUCUUGGCGCCUUGACGCUCGCUGUAAUGUGGUGCAGAUAAAACGAAGUGUAACUUACAACUGACGCUGAUCAUAU